CCCUUUUCAUUUUGUCCAGUUUUCUUCAAUUUAGACUAGAGUUGUCAAUACAUUUGAACAACAUCAUAGUAACACGAUUCCAGCUCCAAUACUGAAAGGAAACGAAAAUGGCGGGAGUCGCUACUGCGAAAACAGGAGGAAGGUAAACGGCCAAAAGCUCUAAGCUAGGGAUGGCUUGGCGGGAAGGCGCUAAUGAAACUCGCGUACUCAUUGCACAAGAUCUUUCGACUCUGGGGAAGCAUUUGGGUAAAUUUUUAUCACUUCGGCAUCCAAGAACGGGAAAUACAACGUGCUACCUCUAUAGCGAUGGAGGUCUUCAAGAACUUCACUGGUUGAAUCAAUCUUAUGGGUCCUGGUUUCUUGGGGAUUAUGUUUGUGAAGAUGGUCGCUUGUAUACUGCCACUCCAGUUGAUCCUGUUUUCAUUCUUUUGCCUAUCUUUGAGGAAGCUCGAAUGAAGAAAGGAAAUGAUCCAGGGAAGUUUAGACAACUUGAUGAGAUUAUUUAUAUUCAUGGGUAUCCAGGAUAUCAAUCUCUGUCGUCCAUUGCGGAGAAGACUAUGCAAGUCGUUUGUGAUCUUAAAGAAGUUGGGUCAACCAAGUUUUUCAGGCUCAAUGACUUGAAGGUACUGAAGUGGUUAUGCUAUAAGGUACAUCAAUUGAAGCAGACACUACCAACUUUGGAUAAUAAUUACGCUGCUCAAGAUGAGAAAGAUUCAUUAUUUGAUGCAGUGUCAAUAGUGGGAGAAUACUUGAAGGACGAACCAUGGGUGAACCUCCUGUGCAACAAAUUAAAAUUAAACUUACAAGACUGGACGAAAGCAGAAGAUACUGAAACACUUCCACCUUCCACAGGAAGUGGUCCUGCAUCAUUUAAUCCUGUAAAGGAGAAUAAUGGGAUAGACAGGAAAGUUGUCCGGAGCACAAGACAAGCUAAGAAGGCCAGAGUAGAGAAGAAAGAAAGGAUAAAGGCUUUGAUCCUGAAUUAAAAUCGUUUAGAAUGGCAUCUCUGGAGGAUAGAAGAUAGCAUCAUCAUCUGCAUCGUCUACUAUCAAUAUUUGCAUGGAAAAUGUAAGAAAAUUGUUUUAGAAUCAGCUACAUAAUUAUCUGUGUGGGGCUAUUCUUGCAAUUUCAGGAUCGUAUGUUCAUGCCAUGAACCAUAUAACAGUUUGGGUUGUACCAUAUCCACUUAUAUAUCUUAUUUGAA